AUGAGUCGCCAAUCAUCUCGAUCCGGCCGGCAAACGCCUGUUGGAGGCUUUGGUUCAAAAUCGAGGGCCGGCCGAGGUUUUGGCGGUUUUGGCUUGUCCUCAUCAGCAAGCAGCGAUCUCUCAUAUCUGGCGGAACCCCCCGAUCUCUCUGCCAUCUCUGACCCACAAGUUGUCGUCUCGUGCAAGAACCUACUCAAGAAAGAUAGCAUUACAAAAGCUAGGGCCCUUGAGGAGCUAUUGGUCUAUGCAAAGGCUCAUCCUUUCGAGCAAGAUGGCGGUCCCGAAGAGCCGGUUCUUGAGGCUUGGGUGAAAAUUUACCCCGCGACGUCCAUUGACAACUCUCGUCGCGUGCGGGAACUGGCGCACUCACUUCAAUAUGAGUUUAUGAAAGCUGCCCGCAAGCGCAUGGAGCGUCAUGUUCCCAAGGUUGUAGGCCCUUGGCUCGCUGGCUUGUACGAUCGUGACCGAAUCGUCGCGAGAGUAGCAAAUGACGGGCUUUCAUCCUUCUUAAACUCCCCUGAAAAGACAACCCUCUUCUGGAAGAAAUGCCAGUCUCAAAUCCUCCAAUUUGCCACUGGCGCCAUCCGGGAGACGAAGGAUACUCUGAGUGACGAGAGGUCCACCACGCCCGAGGACGCCGAAUCUAAGUACUUUCGAGUCCUAGGUGCGGCCUUAUCACUAGUCCUGGCCCUCCUCCAGAAACUAAGCGGCGAGGAUAUGUCCAGGGCCCAAGAGAGUUAUGACGAGUUCCUGAAUGAAGAUAUCGUGUGGAAGUGCAUCAACGUCGGAGACUCUUCCGUCCGCAAGUCUGCCUGCCAGCUCCUUGAGAUUUCCCUCGACAAGAGGAAAACUGUUCUUGAGGAAAAGAUGUCACGUCUGAAGAAGGCACUUAUAUCCGAAGGCCUUAAAGCUAAUCACACAGGUUCCGCCGCGCAGUUCGUCAAAGCUCUUUCGGCCUUUACUUCCGUCUUCCCCGGUGUUUGGCAGUCAUCACCGGGCGAUAAGAAAACUCCUGUCUCUCGCCUGAACCACUUUUUAGAAAAGGGGUCCCAGGGCAGUGACGCUGCCAUGUUUUGGGAUUCCCUCCAAGCCCUUCUCAAGAGCCUCCCGAAGGAAGAGCUUCCGUUGGACGUCACAACAGCUUUGGCGAAGUCGAUGAGGACUGGUAUCUCUAAUAGGGAGGAACCACGGGCCAACGCCCUCAUCGCCUGGCGGUCUUAUCUCCAAGUUACCAGAUCCUUUAUGACUCUUCUUCCCUCCGGAUCGGACCAGGUUUCGUUUGCCGGAGAGGCUCUAUUCCCUCUUGUCGAGCACUACUUGCACCCGACCGGAGCGUCUUCGUGGUCCAUCGUAGGCCCUUCGGCCCCUACCAUAGUAGAGGCAUGCUACGCAAUCACGACGGAAUCUGCCCCCGAAGCUGUGGUUUCGGCGGCUAAUGAGAGGUGGACGCAGCUGGCCAAGGAUUUCUGCACGCGCAUCGCAAACUCUUUGCCAGAGGUGUCUCGCGAAUUUCAAAAGUCGCAAGAGGCGAUUGCUGAGGAAGGCAAUCGGUGGUUCUCACUUAUCGGGCAGAUUCAAAAAACAAAGUCGGCCUCGGCGACUGGGGUUUCUGGAACGGCACUCGAUUCUCCUGCUAGCGAGAUAAUUUCUUGCUGCAUCGAUGUACUGUCUCGACGGAACCUAAAGCCCUUCGGAGCCGCCAAAGCAAUCCGCCGCAUGGGCGAGUCGACUAUGUACCUCGGUUUCAACGAGUCAAUCACCACUGCUCUCUAUGACUUCCUUCUUCAAGCUGGUCGCGAGCAGAUGGACCUUGUCCUCAAGUCUCACUCAAGGUUGGAUCUGAUCGGAUGUCUUCAAUUAUAUGCGGGGAAGCCCACUUUACAACAAAAAUACGAAGUAUUGUGGAAGACUUGGGCUUCACAACUUCUCCAGGAGUGCACAAGCCCUGACGUUCCACACACACUCGCAGCCCUACUCUCUAACACGCAGGCGUCGUCUUUGGCGCAAGGAAAUGAUGCUAUCCAAAAGUACAUUGUCGACAACACCCUUGAGUCUCUGUCUACUGGCACUGAGAGGUGGGACCUCCUGGAGUCUGCCUUGACAGCUGGUGCCUUGACGCUUGCCUCUAUCAAGGCACUAGCCUCGGGCAUUCUGAAGCAUCUCCAAGCAGACAAUAGGAGUGUCAUGAGGGCUCUAAGCGGUCUGACUAUUUUAUCAAAGAAAGGAGCUAGUCUCUUGUCGCAAGAUGAAGACUUGUACCUGAGUCUUGUCACACAGCUGUUGUCUCUGGCUGAAGCAGGCGACCAGAAUGUAUCGUCUAAGGCGAGAGAGCUCCACCAACUCCUCGACCUCCAUGCAGAUGGAAAGAAGCCUACAACGUCGAUUGUUCGGACAAAUCUUGACAUCGCAAGCCCGCAGUCCCUUGAAAUCGAUACGGUGAUUCAACUAGCCGUUCAAGAGGCCCUAGAUAACAUUAAAACCCUCCCUGAGUUGUUACCGGAUACCUGGAUUUGGCGCAAUGAUCUAACAGGUCUCAUUUCAACUGGUGUUAACCCUGCACUAUCCAUCACCAGUAUCCUCGGCGGUGCCCAGUUCCUCGUCAAGGCAUCUUCGCCAGGGGAGAUUCGCCCUCCCGGUAGAGACCGAAACGGGUAUUCCGCUCCUGCACGCAUGGGCUUAUACUUACUGGGUCUCAUUGAAAACGGGGUCGAUAUCAAGACACUUCCGUCAAAAAUACUGAUGGACAUCAUUCUCCUGCUUCUAGUCACUGCGGAGCUUGGUUCUGAACAGCUCACAAUGAUGGAAGACGGCAGAUUAUUUGAAGCCAUGUCUCCAGCAGUGCAACUAACCGCCGAUGAACUUUCGUCGUCGUGUCACAAGUGGCUAAAUGGACUGAUAUCUCAGUCAACCGGCUGGAAGGAAAUGGAAAAGGAAGGUGAUCCUGGACACUUAGUUUUCAAUAUUUUGCAAGCGCUACUCAAUAGGUCUAAGGAUACCACGCCAUUGGCGUUCUACUGCGCAAAGGCGGCGAGCGAGAUUAUUCAAGCCCUCACGGAGGAGCAUGGUCCGCCGGACAACUUUGACAAAUUCCUCUCCAGCCUCUACCCAACUAAGGAAGCGCCGUCUGCCAUCUUCCCCGUCACUGCCCUGCUCCGAGGAGUCGGGCAGUCGCUGGCUUCCCCCGAGUCUCUCAACACCAUAUGCAACCGGCUAGUUAGCGACGCUGCCGGAGCUAAGCCUGUCUCCGAGAAAGCUCUCGCGACGCUCGUCCUCUUGACGUGUUGCCUCGGUUUCUACGAAGAGGGUGAGGUGCCUGUGCAGAUGAAUAGGCUCGUGUUUGCGGUCAGGAAUGUGACGGGUUGGUUCGAGGCGGAAGGCCCCGUGGAUCCUUUCUUCGCCGCGGAAAGUUGUCGACUCUUGGCUCGACUGCUCCCCGAAAUAGCCUCUGUCUAUGGUUCACACUGGGAGAAUACACUUCAGUACUGUGCCAAGAUAUGGGAAGCUGCCGGAGAGUACCCGCUAGAUAUUUCAAUGUCGGCGAUUCACGCUUCCUUGAAAUUGUACUCGAUUCUCGAAUCACUCCCUGAGCCGAAUGACGAUCUUGAGGAUUCGUUGAAGGACCUAGCUGAGGUCAAAGCUAAGUCGUUAAUCGAUUUACUCAAACUACCACGAGAGCGGAACUCCCAGCCUCUGUCGAUUAUCGAUUCCCUCCUUUGCCGACAAGUCGCCAAGAUUCCUCUGCGGUUUCUGAAGGAUUUAUCUGAGCUUUAUGGAUUGCUUGCGUCCGACUCGCGGGAUAUUCAGACGGCGGCAUUCACGCUUAUGCAUAGGGCCUUGCCUGCCCUUCAGGAGCAGCUAUCUGUUGAUGUCCUCCUAGACAAAGAGAGCGCACAUCUGCCAGAUGAGAUGAUGUCUCUUCUCCUUGAGCCGCCGACGCUUGAGAAAUAUCCUGAUGAUGUCUUGGUGCAGUUCCCCCUGGCAGUGCGGACCUACCUCCUGACCUGGCAUCUCAUUUUCGAUUCAUACAGCACGGCCUCUCUUGGUGUGCGCAAUGACUAUACUGAAGACCUCAAGUCCGGCAAUUACAUCUCUCCCCUUCUUGAUUUCAUCUUCGAUGUUCUCGGCCACUCAAUCGCACAUCCCAUCAAUCUCGACAAGGAAGGUUUCACAACCGAGCAUAUCCGUGUAUACGACAUCAAAGUAGCCGACGCGGAGCCGGAUGAGCGCGACAUGCAUUGGCUCCUCAUCCACAUCUACUACCUCUGCCUCAAGUACACCCCGGAACUGUUCAAGACAUGGUUUAUCAACUGCAGGUCCAAGCAGACCCGGAUCGCGGUGGAGGGAUGGAUGACAAAGUACUUCUCGCCACUGAUCAUCUCCGAUGCUCUCGACGACGUCGCCCGUUGGGCGGAGGCCCAGGAGGCUGGUGGUGACGAUGAGAAGGAGUUGUUGGUGAAGGUGAGCAGGACGGCGAGAGAGGUUACGGCUGGCUACGAGGUGGAUGAAAUGUUGGCUUCGAUUACGAUCAAGGUUCCACCAAACUACCCGAUAGAAGGGAUCACGGUCUUGGGGACGAGUAGGGUCGUGGUCAAUGAGAGGAAGUGGCAGAGCUGGGUAAGGACAACUCAGGGUGUCAUUACAUUUUCGAACGGAAGCAUUAUUGAUGGGCUCAUGACAUUCCGCCGCAACAUCGUUGGUGCCCUCAAGGGUCAGACAGAAUGUGCCAUCUGCUAUGCCAUCAUGUCGUCUGACAAGAAGAUGCCGGACAAGCGGUGUCAGACUUGCAAGAAUCUAUUCCACCGAACAUGUCUGUAUAAGUGGUUCCAGACUAGCAGUCAGAACACUUGCCCGCUUUGCAGGAACCCUAUUGAUUAUCUCGGCUCUGACACUAGGUCAAGGCGCAUGCAUUAA